AUGCAACCUUUAUUGAGGGAUAUGAAGGAGUCCUAUGACAUUGGAUCGGAACAAGAUCCGCUAUACUCCAAUAUUUGGCCCCCAACAGGAGUUCAAGAUGGAUUUCAGGAGACAAUCAGCUCAUUUUUUGCCGUCUGUUACGAGGCCGAGUUGAUGAUUCUGGAUGCUAUUUCAAUUGGCUUGGGGUUACCCGUUCACUCUCUACGUGAACUCCACACGGCACAGACCAACGAGCUGCGCCUUACCCACUAUCCUGAAGUGGAUCGGGCUGAUUUCGCCAAUGCCACUCGCAUUGCCGCGCACACGGACUUUGGCACUAUCACUCUAUUAUUCCAAGACAAUGUUGGAGGCCUAGAGAUGGAACAGCCGCCUGGUAGCGGGGUCUUCGUUCCAGCCGACAGUGGUGGCCCCCACGAGUGUAUCGUCAAUGUAGGUGAUUGUCUUCAGAUGUGGACAGGGCUACAUAGUGCCCGACAUCGGGUGCAUCUGGCAAAGAGUGAGAACCAGGGUAAUAUGGUUCCAGCGCGGUUUUCCAUUGCGUAUUUUGCAAAGCCUGAUCGUGCAGCACUUCUCCGUCCACUGCUAGACUCGCUAGUGGACAACAGCAAGCCAGUGCAAAAGGUCUUGACAGCCAAUGAGUUCCAGCACAUGCGCAUCGAGGGCACGUAUGCUUAG